UCACUGCGCCUAGUCUGAACGUAGUACCUACCAUAGAAGAAACAGCAGUAAAAGCGCAGAGGGCGGAGGGAUACGGCUGCCCUCUCACAACACACAACCAGCCUCAAACGUGUUCUUGGUGCUAAAUGCUAACAGCAGAAAUUCUCUGUUGAUCAUAUGUUCAGACUUCAUUUUUUAAAAUACAGAUGUUUAGUGGUUUCAAUUUUAAUGGAAUAAACAAAUAGUUAUCAUACUAAAAGCGAAGAGAAGGUGAGGAGUGGAAGAUGAUGGAGGUGGAGACAGCGGAUAAAGCGUUUGCAGCAACUUCAUCCACUGCGGCAAAUCAUGAGUGGGAGAAAAGCCCUGAACCAGUCAGGAUCAUCCAGAUCCCAGCCCAACCAGUCACCACAACCUCCACUCCCAUUAAGACCGUGAAGCCUGCAGGAUCGACUUUGGGCUUCACGGUCAACGGUCGGCCGAUCCACCUGCCGCCUGGAGGUGGCGCUGCAGAGCUGAAGCUUUGCUCUCACCCUGGAGGCUCAGCCAGCGGCUUCACUUCGAUCCAGAUCCCCGUCACUCUGACCCUCAGCAGUCCUCUGGGGACUCACUGCAUUUCCACCUCAGCCUCCCUGACCGCCUCCUCUUCCUCAUCCUCCUCUUCCUCUGCUCCUCCUGCUGCUGCUGCUUCGUCUCUCUCAGCGCUGCUUGAACCCAUCCCCAUCAUCACAGGUAUAGUUUCGGGUGAGGCGGCCCAGAAGGUUCUGAACGACCACAGCGUGACGCUCAACUCCAGCUCUCAGAAGACAAAAAAAGCUCCGCCGGCUGCCGGAGCCCCGAAAACGAAGAAACCCCGACCCAGCAGGAUCGCAGCGCCCGACAAGCUGCUGCGAAAAGGUGAGAUUGGUGCUGCCACUCCGCCCGACUGUCAGAUCUGUAAAUCUCAGUACAAACUCCUCACCGAGCUGCGAGGCUUCAUGUGUAUGUGCAGCCCUGCGAUUGCUGAAGCUCUGAUCAACCUGAGAAGGCAGAGGAUCAAACGCCGCAGGAGGGAGAGAGAGCGAAGAAAAGCCUUGAAGCUCAGCAAAGCGCCUCCGGUUUUCCACAGAGACUCUCCGGUGCAACCAGUUCUGUCUCCUAUCAAAGCCAUCACUCCUCCGCGGAGGAUUCCUAAGCAUUCUGGAGACGUCCAGUCGGAGGAGCUCAGCAGCCCCACGUCUCCAACCCUCAGCCCCCCAACGCUGGAGAAGUUUCUGCCAGUCGACUAUCCUCCCAGUAAACUGGUGAUAAUGGUGGAGGACUUCUUCUACGGUCGCGCCCCUGGAUGCAGCACGGAUAAAGACAGCCCGGACGAGACGUUCGGCGGGGUUUUCCACUGCAUCCACUGCCCAGCCGUUCUCAGCAACAACAUCCAGUUGAUGGACCACAUACAGCAACACGUGUUGUCUCAGGAAGACGGACAUGGUGACAGCGUGUCCACCUGUCCCCACUGUUUCCGUCAUUAUCCGUCUCCAUUCAGCUUGCAGAGCCACAUAAAAGACGUUCACAGCCAGAGCGACUCAGCAGUGAUAUGCAAGAUCUGUGAGCUAGCGUUCGACAACGAACCCGCCCUCCUCUGUCACAUGAAGGGCACCCACAAACCAGGAGAGAUGCCCUACACCUGCCAGGUGUGUGAGUUUCGGUCGUCCUUCUACUCCGAGACCUGGUCUCACUUCAGAGAGGAUCACUGUGACACCAGGGAGCUGCUGUGUCAGUACUGCCUCAGAGUUCUGCACACCAACAGCUGCUACCAGCAGCACGUUGCCCGCCAUCAGAAACAGACACUCAGCUGUGAUAAGUGUCGCCUUCACUUCCUGUACGUCAGAGAGCGCGCUGAGCACAAAGCGCUGCAUCAUAAAACUCACGUCACUCCGCCCCAGCUGAGUGGACUCAAACCCGGGACCAAGGUAACAGUCAGGAUGUAUUCUAUAAUCGGUUCAGAGAAGAAGGACGAACUGGACAAAGUUUAUAUUCCCUCAAAGGUGGUCGAUGUGGCUCCGCCUCUCCUCCAACAGGAAGGCACCAAACAGAGACCAGUCGAGCGUUUGGGUUCGCUUUUCUCUGGUUUGAGGGCCGACAGCAACUUUGACCCGUCGCAGCGCUGCAUCGAGUGCCUGAAGACUGUCCCGGACCUGGAGAUCCAUUUCCCAACACGAGUUCACUGCUCCUUCUGCAAGUUCGCCACAUGUUGCUCCAACUCCUAUGCCAACCACAUGAUCAAUAAUCACACCACAUGGAAAGACCCUCAGUUUCCAGCCGUCUUCCAGUUGAAUCCAAGGUUACCCCAAGCUUUAAAGUGCAAUUCGUGUAUGUUUACCACCUUCAACGGGGAUGCGAUGGCCAAUCACGUGACGCAGAAACCGGAUCACGUUUGCAUCAUGUUAACAGACGAAGAGAGAAGUUCGAAACAACCUGAGAAUCAAACGUUUGAAAAUCAAACGUCUGUGAAUCAAAUGUCUGGGAAUCAAAUGUCUGGGAAUGAAACAACUGGGAAUCGAACGUCUGAGAAUCGAACGUCUGAGAAUCGAACGUCUGAGAAUCGAACGUCUGAGAAUCGAACGUCUGAGAAUCGAACGUCUGGGAAUGAAACGUUUGGGAAUCAAAUGUCUGAGAGCCCCCCUGUCAGUAAGAACCUCAGUAAUCGUAAUGGCGUCUUCAUCCCGAUUCAACUUGUCCAAAAUGGACAGACGUCCCCUCAGCUGUCCGUCAAGGCCCUCAGCGCUGCUUCCUCUCCGCCUUUCAGACCCGCCAUGACCAUCAAGAUCAUGGGGGUUGAGAAGCGGGUGGGUCCUCUGUCCCACGAUCAGCUCUGCGUCGUCCUCUCCUCUUUGUGCCACGGGAUAAACGAGACGGCUCGCCGUACCAACGUGUCACCCACCACGAUCCGGUCCUGGAUCGCGUUGCAGCAGCGCGGCCUGGCGCAGAGGAAGUGGGGCUGGAAGUCGGACAAGAUGGCGGAGUGGGUCCUGAACCGCAGGGAGCAGCAGCUGAGCGUGACGGAGACGGUUCUGCUGCUGACGGCCCGGGCCGCGCUGGGCGAGAGCACCCAGGUGGAAGACUGCUACAGCUGGACCAUAGACUUCAUGCUGAGGCACGACCUGGGUCUGCAGACCACCAACAACAACCGGCUGAAGAGCAUCCGGGAGAACAGCUACAGCUUCAUCCAGUCCAUCCACUCACUGGUCCAGAAGGGGGCGCUGCCUCUGCACUGCUGGGGCUGCAUGGACGAGCUUCCCGUCUUCAUCGACUCGGACCUGUUCUCCAAGCAGCUGGCGUCCGCCUUCCAGCUGUUCGGGUCGCCCGAGGACGAGCCCGUCUUCGACAUCGUCCUGUCUGCGCUGUCGGACGGCCGCCUCCUGCCCCCCCUGCUGUACUUCAGAGGAACUGCGUCCAGCGUCCCAGACGGUUUCCCCGACAACGUUCUGCUGGAGGCCCGGGAGGGCGGGUUCAGGGACGAGGAGCGCCUGCGGAUCUGGGUCGAUAAGGUGUGGCGACCUUACGUGACCUCCAGAUCCGGCGACAGGACUCUGCUGGUGAUGGACGUCCACCGCGGUCACCUCAGCAAGGCGUUCAGGGACAGUCUGUCCGCCGUCAACACCCACAUCGCCUUCAUCCCCGCAGGAUGCAGCUGCCGCCUCCAGCCGCUCGAGAUCUGCGUGACGCAGGUGCUGCGGGAUUUUCUGCAGGCCCGGUGGUCCCAGCUGAUCGCUGAUGGAGGUCUGGACGGGCUUGGACUGGACCAGCUGGCUCUGACGUUGGCCUGCUGGCUCAGUGAAGUCUGCUCCACUCUGAACGCGCAGACCGACGUCCUGCGCAGGUCAUUCACGUUGGCUUGCAGCCUGCAGCACCUGGAGAACCAGGGAGAGGCGGCGAGGAUGAUCACAGCUCUGACUGAAGUGCUGACCCAGCCGCUCGACUCUGGAUCUCCAGAACCCGGACCAAAACAAGAGCGUUUACUGGAACGGACGCCUCCACAGCCACCGCUGCUGGUGAUCAAGGAGGAGAAGACAAACGGUUGGGAUGAAGAGAAGAAGCAGGCGGAGGUCGGCAGCCUGUCCGCCCUGCGGCAGGUGUUCAACAGCGAGAGCGACGCCGAGUCGUUUCACGGCUUCGCCGACGUCUGAUUCUUCACCGCACAUCGUAUAAACAAGCUGCUGCAUCCGGAGCCUCUGAUACGUUUAGAGACGCUCAUAAAUGCUACUGACACAAAGCUAGUCGAAGGAAAACAGGAAAUGCUGUGUGUUUUUAAGGUGGGAAAAACUUUAUAGACAUUGGUAUGUAAUGAUCAGAAACCUCAACAUAAAUCAUGAAAAAGAAUCUAAUAUUGAUUCUGAAGCUCAGAAUGGAAACAUGAAUCUUUUCACUGCAUAAUUAUUAUUAAUUAGGUUUCUCACUACUGCUUUGUAAAAUAAACCUUAUUUUUGUUACUUUUUUACUGUACCAAUGAAUUAUGUGAUGUUUUUUCUAGUAAAAUAAAGGAAGUUAUGUUCAAA